UCUGCAGGGAAAUCGAAACUAAGUGAAAAUGACGUCCGCUCUCUUUUCUGGAGUGAAACAUGCACAAAUAUAUGCCAAAUAUCGACCGUUCCCGCCAAAUGAUUUAGUUAAAUCAAUUAUAACAUGUCUUAAGAAAAGAUGUGACCCACCAUUUAAACAAGCUGUUGAUGUUGGUUGUGGCAGUGGGCAAAGUACUGUUGUAUUAUCCCCAUAUUUUGAAACUGUUCUAGGUCUAGACAUCAGUGAAGCACAGAUAGAAUGUGCCAAGCAAUUUAAUUCAGCAAAAAAUGUUGAAUACAAAGUAACAGCAAAAGAAAGUCAAUUACCAGUAACAUCAUGUUCAGUAGACUUAGUGACAUUUUCCCAAUCUUUGCAUUGGUUUAAAGAAGGAGAGAUUUUCCCAGAAGUUGAAAGAAUUCUCCAACCAAAUGGAGUUGUUGCCGCUUAUGGUUAUUGGAUACCUAUUCCAAAAUUAAAUGAUAAAGACAAAAAUAUGGAGAUUAAUCAAUUGAUAACACAAUAUUUACAUGAAGACAAACUUGGCUAUUAUUGGGAUAAAGAACGAUAUAUUGUUCAAAGCCAUUAUUCCAAGAUAGAUUUGCCAUUUAAAAAUACUCAAAGGUUAAAUUUUGAACAAAAAUCUGUCAGUACCCUCCAAGAUUAUAUAGGAUAUCUCAGUUCUUGGAGUUCUUAUCAAAAAUUAUUAAAGGAAAAUCCAGUAAUCGCUAAACAACUAUUAGAUGAGAUUGAAAAAAAAAUCAUUAAAAUUCUAGGAGAAGAAAAGCCUACUUUAAAUUUGUGUACCGAUUUUUUUAUGAUAAUAGGUCAUAGAUAGCCACUUACAUUGAUGAUAUUCAGAAAUUACAGCCUCUAGAUGA